GGUUACGGCGAAAGAGAUAACAGCCCGAAUAGACAAUCGACAACAAGCGAUUAGUAACAGUAUCAUAACAACACCAGAGAGAUGGAUAAGUGCAAAUUUGAUUACCAAUAAUCACUUGGAAGAGAAUUUAACAAAAAGUAUCGUGGUUAUAUGAAAAGAACUUUAUUCUGAAUGAUGUCGAGUGAAAAGGGAAUUGAAAAAUCUGGAUAUCUGGAUGUGAAACAACCUUCGACAACAAAAGGGAGAAAGUUAAAGACAUGGAAGAGGAGAUGGGUGGUAGUACAUCAGAUGACUGAUCUAGCUAGCAAGAAAUACAACGCUAAAAUAGACAUUUAUCACGACCAGGAUGCCGUGGGUAAAAACACGGGAGAUAAAAUGACAUUUGUUCUAGAGAAUAUCACAGCAGUUCAAUUAUCAAAAUCAAAAACUCAUCCACACGCGUUUGAAGUCGUGGAAUCCGAACCGGUUCUGGUUUUCUGUGCUGCGUCAGAACAGGAAACAGCCACGUGGAUGUCCAUAUAUAGAAGAAUAUUUCGUCACGAUGAAUUAGCUGAAUGUGAUAUUUUUGGUGUGCAUGUUAUAGGCAACCCGCACACUCAACGUCUUAAUCUAGAUGAGAAAGUUUUAUUGGGAAUCAACACCUCGUAUAUUAUGUUGUUAUCCCACGAUUACACCCCACUGGUAGAAUGGCGACUGUCGACAGUUAAAAGAUUUUACACGAUAGAAAACACAAAAGAUGCCGGCAAAAGGGUUUUAAUAUUGGAGUGUGGAGCUAAUUCGUCUACCGGUGAGGGUAUGUUUUGCUUUUCAACUCCAGAGUGGGAACUCAUCCUAAAGACCAUCCGGGAGAACAUCAGUAUGGCGAUAGCAGAACGCCAACGCCAAAAAUCCCACACGGACGCAAGAGAACGCUCGGGAUCCAGUUGUAAUAGUGAAUACCAGUUCUCAAAUCUUCUUGCAAAUUCUGAUAAUCCUAGCGGUACCUUGAGACUGCGUGCAGUCCGAAGCAUAUCUGAAAUGUCUUCUGCAAGCAACAUAUCUGCGUCUGAUUCUCUUAAUACUCCGCCUUUAUCCCCAGUUCUUUCGACUCCGGGGAAACUUAACACAUUACCAACAACCUCUACACCAGAUCCAAAACGCUCCACGAGAUCCACAUCCUUGACUGUGGACUCUUCCGUGACACCCUACCCCGUCUUUUCUAUGGAAGAUGGUUACUCUAGGAUUAAAUGUACUGAUGACCCCAAUUGCUUGAACGUCAAGCCUCGUUCUGGGUCGAUAUCGUCAACCAAUUCCGUCUCGUCAAAUCGAUCUCGUAUGUCUUCGUCACGUGAGUCCGAUGUAACUGAAAACAAACCCGACGCUCCCGAAAAGAAAACGGACGGAUCUCCUUUACGCACUGUUAGUAAUUCCUUCGAUAGUGGUUUCUCUAACGGCUCAUACGAAGAAGCCAAACGUAAAGGAAGUGACGUUGACGAAGCUAUCAUGGAAGAGAGUCCCGAGGACAAAAUGGACCCUUCCAAUAUCUAUCAGGAACUGGAUUACACCGAAGUUCUCCGACGUCGUCUUAGUGACAAAACGGAUGAAUGUACAUCUCGACGGCGUUCUACCGGAGACGUGACAAAAGAACCGGAUUAUGAGGAACUGGAAAGUAGAAAAAAAGAUCAAGGGAUAUUUGGAGACAAUAAUCUACCGAAAGUUCAACUGACGGCCGAUACCCCUCCAGCUCUGCCAGAUCGACCUGCAAGUCUUCGGAGUAGCAUGAACUCAAAAACAAAAUCCAACUGGAAGAAACGUUUAUCAGGUCUUUCGUUUCUUGGUGGAAAGUCCGGACACAGUCCAAAUACAAGCCCCGAUCGAAGCGAAAGUCCAGCUCCUUGUCAGAAAUCCCAGUUACCUUCUUCCGAUAUAGUGCUCGAUAGUGUCAACGCGACCUUGGCGAAAUUCUACCAGGAAGACGAGCCCAAAGAUUCUGAAACAGAACUUGUCAAAAGUGAUCAUUUUUAUCAGUCCAUUCCGGACGUUGUGCAAGAAAUAUCAAAACCCACUAGAUCGUCCUCCGAUGCAGUAAUUGAAUACAACAGUAGUGACAUUUUGCUCUUAGACUUUGGAGAUGAUGACCUCAAAGAUUCAAAUACCCCUACUGAGAGCCCGAUACCACCGUCAACAAGUCCCAUGAACAUUCCCAGUAUAAAUGUCGAACCUACGAUCUCAAAUAAUCUAAACACAACCCUCGCGAAAUCCAAUGAAGCAUCUAGUCCCUUGAUAGACUUCUUCUUCAAAGAUGACGGAUUCGAAAGACUCCGUGCUCAAACUGUUUCUGGAUCCCCUCUUUCCGCAACUCCACGUCGUGUACAGCUGGUUCCGGAACAGCCCUUGAUCGACUUCAGUAGCUCCGAGAGUCUUGUGGUGACAGUAACACCGGCCCCUAAAGGGGAAGGUUAUUAUAUGGAAAUGAAUAACGGACUUCCUCGCGCGGAAAGUGUUGAAUACAUUCCGCCAUCAGAAAUAAAGGAAGUUAUAACUAACGCCAAUCUUCUCCAGCUAACUUAGUUCGGUCAGCUACGGAAGAAGCUCUAUCAUCUACGGACAGGACACCAUGUUGAACUACUCCAACCGAACCAAUUGAGAUUAUCUCAUAUGGUCUUAUGGGAGCCUUGGGCUUUAGCUUCCCGGGAGUAGCAAUAAAGCCUAUGAAUAUCCCCAAGCUUGUUGGAGAUUGUCGAGGAUCCCCGAGUAACUGGUGCAUAAAUGUCCACUUCCAGAAUUGUAGUUGUUACGGAUUUUAUACACGAUUUUUGUGGAGCUAUGAUGAUUGUGCUUACCCCCCUUAUCGCCCCACCCCACCCACCACAUCGGGACUGUGCUAAGCCUGCUUGUUGGCUAAUUGAUAUUAUUGUAUUAGUGCUAAUAGAUAAAUUGAAAGUCGUCAAAUCUUUACGUCGCUCCUCUUCAGUAGAAGGCGUCAUCUUGCUUUUACUCGGUUAGAUGUUGUAAAACUGGCGGUUGCUGCUUUGGGAACAUGAACGUCGCUAUGUAUGCAGCAAUAAUUUUACAAAACAUAAAAUGAAAAUUAAUUGACUCUAAACCCUUGUUUGGGAUAAAUUUAAUUGGAAUCCUACAAUGAAAUAAAUUAGUUCUGGAUAACUGAGUCUCCAUGCACAGCCAGCUGCAACAAAGCUGACUGUAAAUAGAUUUAUCAGCAGAAUUUUGACAUUUUACUUGAAUGAUGUCUUCGUGAAAUGGUAACAGGGGACUGACAGUACUGACGGAUGGGUGCUACAUAAUUUAAUACACUGUGCUAUUCCUCUGGGUAUAACCAUGGUCCUCGGCCCUUAUUCACGAAAACUUAAACUAAGUUACAACCGAAAUUUUAAGAAAUACUGCAACUUUAUUGGAUAUAUGCAAAUUGAUUUUACUGGUCAGCCAAUCGAAUUGCAGUAUUAAAAUUUCGAUUGUAUCUUAGUUUAAGUUUUCGUGAAUAAGGGCCCUGAACAUAUCACUAACACUCCUGGCCCGAAACAACUAAAUAUCAACGCGUGACGCAAUUAUCGCGUUCGCUGUGACGUCAUUUAGGGUUAAAUCAUAGUUCGAAUUUCAAUUCUUAGCCAAUGAAAAGGCCACUUUCUUAAAAUAUUUUUGAUUUAUAUUUUUGCGUGAAUAAAAAGCUCCUGCAUUGGGCUAUGGUUGAUAUGUUACGGACCACGGUUUAUGUCUAUUUGCGUGUGAUUACGACAUGGUGUAAUACCACGAUUUAUGAUGUCUGUGAGAUUACGACUUGGUGUAAUACCACGAUUUAUGAUGUCUGUGAAAUUACGACUUGGUGUAAUACCACGAUUUAUGAUGUCUGUGAGAUUACGACUUGGUGUAAUACCACGAUUUAUGAUGUCUGUGAGAUUACGACUUGGUGUAAUACCACGAUUUAUGAUGUCUGUGAGAUUACGACAUGGUGCAAUACCACGAUUUAUGUCUAAAUGAGUGUGAUUACGACUUGGUGCACGGUUUAUUAUGUCUGUGAGAUUAUGACUUAGCACGGUUUAUGUUUAGAUUCGUGAGAUUACGACUUGGUGCAAUACGUACACGAUGUCUAGAUGCGUGUGAUUACGAUUUGGUGCAAUACCUGGACCUGUUUAUCCUGAGAAUAUAAUAUGUAUAUAAGAUAUUUAUUUAUAUUUUUAAUGAAGAUUCUAUCUGUGAUAUAUAUAUAUAUGUUUUUAAUGAAAUGAAAUGAAAUUUAACGUCCAACUGUUGUGACCCGACUUGGCGAAUGGAGACGGGGCCCUUAUUCACGAAAACUUAACCUAAGAUAAAAUCGAAAUUUUUAAAAAAUACUGCAACUUCAUUGGAUAUAUUAUGCAAAUUGAUUUUACUGGUCAGCCAAUCGAAUUGCAGUAUUUCUUAAAAUUUCGAUUUUAUCUUAGUUUAAGUUUUCGUGAAUAAGGGCCCGGAUGUUUUUAAUGAGUACCGGAUGUAGUUGAAUGGGGUAGGCCUAGUAGAGGUUUUCAAGGCAUAUUGGGCCUGUGAUAUAUAUUUAUAUGUUUUUAAGGAGUACCUGAGUCGGUAGAGUUAGAAGUUUUCAAGGCCCAUUAAGGCCCAUCGGGAUCUGUAGGAAAGGGUAACAAGGCUAGAACAAGAUUAAUUUAAUGUGAAAGUUUGUCUUGUAUUAGUCUAGCCCGACACGUGACCUCUUCUGGAAUUCUGUAUUAGUCCAGGGGGGACUGAGAUUAUACAAAUAGUUUUUGCCGGAACCCAAUACAUUCUAAGAUUCGAGCAGAAGUAGGAUCUUCCCAAUACAUUCUAAGAUUCGAUUUUAUUUUUAUUUUUUUUAGACGAAAUGUAUCUUUUUUAAUCAAUGAAUUCUCCUAUUCUGUUUUAAUAGACGAAAUGGAUCUUUUUUAAUCAAUGAAUUUUACUAUUCUGUUUUAAAUUUACGAAAAUAUUAAUGACUUUUCGUUUUAGUUUUUGUCUAACAAUUUGAAGGAUGCUAAUUAUUAUUUUCUUACUAUUUGUAAAUCGUAAGUUUUCAUCCAAUUCCAAUUUAUACAGGACCUCUAAUCAUUUAACUUUUUCAUUUCGUCGUCAGCCAUUAGUGCAACAGAAGUUUGGUGAUGCCCGAUGCCAACUCCUUGAUCGUAUGCCCUCCACCCCUCUCUGCAUCCGCCCAUGUCUCGGCUUGCGAGAAUGUCACAGAGGGUUGUGGAGAAGGUCAGACAUAUCAGUCUCCUCGCCAUUAUUCAUGAAUUUGUAAAUAUUGUUAUAAAUGUACAGAGAAGAAAUUAUUGUCUCGUAUUUAUUAA